GAAAAAAGUAUGCUGACAGAGCGGGAUUUAUGUUAGAGCCAGAGAAGUAACAGCAACACAGACAAAGGACACAAGACAUACCGCAGGAAUGAGCCUCCAGGUUUGCUAUUGUGGAUGGUCCAAAGUGACAACUUACCAUGGCCUGAGAACUCAUCAGGGGAAGAUGGGAUGCACACCAAAAGGUGUCAUGUUUGUAGAGAGCGAACUGCGGUGUCAAUGGGAACAUGUGGACAUUAAGCUGGAUUUCUACGCCACUACCAAGACUGAAACAACAGACGUCUACUCAGACAUGAAGGUCUACGCUUGUCACUGUGGAUGGGAAAAGGUAACGACUUAUCGGGGCUUGAGAAUUCACCAGGGGAAGAGGGGAUGCACUCCAAAGGGAAUGAGGAUCCCAGAGAAAGAGCAGGAGGAGUGGAAAAAUCAGUGGAAAAUGAAAGUAAAAACGGAAGCGGAUGAGUGGAGACCUCAGUCAGCUCAAAGAAGAACUGUCAAGGAGGAGGAUUCCCCAGAACUAAAACCAGCUGCAGCAGCAGCAGCCAGAAUCAGGGAGGGAUACAAAUCAACUUCUGCAACUUCACAACGCUCUUCCCAAAGAGCCACAAGGUCAGGACAUCAUCCGCAGGAUUUCUCCGCCCUUCCACAGGCAAACAAACUGGUCAAGGAGCCCCCAGUAAGUCCACCGCCAGUAACAGCAGUCCGAGGCAGGGAGAAAAAAACCAAGCAUCAAACAUCAUCACAGAUUCCAGACAUCAGAAGUCAAUCAAUGAAAGAACAUCAGGUGACAAAUUACAGCUGUUAUGAUGAUGCACCAGCAGCCAGAAUCAAGGAGGAGCCCAAACCAUCAUUUGCAGCUCCACAGCCGCCUUUCCACAGAGUCACACAGUCAAAGUCAGGCCAUCAGCUGCAGGACUUCUCCAUCCAUCCACAGACAGCAGACGGUAGAGCCAUGGCAGAAAACCAAAGCAUCGUCAGGCGAAGGGAAUCUGCGCCAAAGGCAUCGAUAAUUAAAGAGGAGCCUCAGUCACCCUUUGUGACUCCACAGUGCUUUUCCCAAAGACCCACAAACUCAAACGCAGGCCGUCGGCUGCAGAAUUUCUCCACUGGUGUGCAGGUGAAUAGUUUGGUCAGGGAGCAUCCAACAGCCGUGUACCCAGCAACAGCACUUCGACCUAAGGAGAAACACAGGGAGGAUCAGACGUUCCAGGAACAGAAUGCACCAGUGCCAUCAAACAUCAGCUCUCCAGCCACAGCCACAACCACAGAGGAACCCAUACCACCAGUUCCAUCACGGCCUUUCCAAAGUGCCACAUACCCAGAGUCAGGCAGCCAGCUGCAGGAUUUCUCCACUGAUGCACAGGUGAAUGGAUCGGCCAGUGAGCAUCCACCACCUGCACUGCCGGCAACACUGCUCCACCAAAAGAAGAAAGACAGGAAGGACGUUGCGAGUCAAGAGAGAGUGAAACCUGAUUUACAGGAAAAUAUUGAGGAGAGAAAAGAAAAAAAGAGCAGCAUCACACCGACAAACAGAGCCUGCGAGAAUGGACCUCGUUCAACAAGCAGGAACAGCAAACACAACACAACAAAAGAACAUCCCAAACCAAAUUGUGAAACUGCACCGCCCGAUACCUCCACUGGCAUGAAGGUGAAGGAACUGGCCCGGAUGUUUUCAGCUAUCAUAACCAAGGAAGCAGCAGAACGACCAACGGAGGAGCACAGAGAGAAACAAACACAGGUGAAGCCGUUAACUCAGAAGUUUUCAGCCACCGCAGCCCAGGAAACUGCAAAACAGCUCCAACCAAAGGGGAAAGACAGGGAGGAUCAAAAGCUGUCACAGACUGUGCCAGAGUCAACAAGUAUCUCCCAAACAAAUUCUGCAGCAGCAGAAGCCACAACACAAGAUGAUCCCAAAUCACUGGGGGAAAGUGCACAGCCCGGUUCCUCCACUGGCAUGAAGGUGAAGGAACUGGCCCGGAUGUUUUCAGCAACCACAACCCAGGAAACAGCAGGCCAACCAAAAGACAAAUGCAGAGACAAACGAAACCUAUCACAGCAGGUGCCACAUUCAACAAAUGCCACCAACAAAAUGAAUCCUGCAGCAGCAGCAGGAGCCACAACUGAGGCGGAGCCCAAAUCAUCAGCCUGUGAAACUGCAGAGCUCUCACAUUUCCCUGCUGGCAUGAAGGUGAAGGAACUGGCUCGGAUGUUUUCAGCACCCACAACCCAGAAAUGAAUGGUCCAACCACAGGAGAAACACUGAGACACACAAAAACUGGCAUAGGUGCCACUGGAAACUGUCGACUGUAUUUUACAUAUUUGCACAAAUGCAAAGUGAACAGAUUCAUGCAGGUUUCUCAGCACUAUAAUCUUUAGCUACCAUCGCUCGUCAGCAGCAGAACAGUUUUAAGCUUGGUGCUUCUGUACGUUUACAGUUACUUUAUGACUCUUCUUAACUUGCUCUACUGUUACUGUCUUUUAGCUGAAUGUAAAAACUACUGUUUGGCAAAACUUCAUUCAAGCAUUUAGCACUAUCCCAUAACUGUGUCUGUAGCCACAGCUACUGCAACACAAGUCCCACUGUCUCGCUUUAAGAACGACAGCAUCAUUUCAAAAAUGUGUCAAGGAUUUUUUAAAAAAAUGUUUUCAUGUGCAUUUGGCUGCACUUGUAGAUGGUGGAAUAAUAACCCAGAGAUCAUUUUUGACCUCUGACCUCCCUUUUCCAGGACUUGUUACAGAAAACCCAGCAUUAAAAACCUAAGGAAACUGA